ACUGUUGGAUUUCAAUCCAUGAACAUUCAGAUGUAUGGAAAAGAAAAGAAAAGAAAAGAAGCCCGUAAGCAGUAUAGCUGGCCUAAAAAGAGAUACCAUGCAUGGCUUCAAGGAUGGGUCCGGGAUGUGCACUGCUGGCGCAGAACCCAAACACCAAAACAAGCACACACUUGCCAAACGUCACUCUUCAACACUUGUCGUACAGUAGAUUUCUACCUCUCCCAUCCUUGUCGUGCUGUGAAGAUAUCACCCGCGAGCAGCCAAUCCGAGCGCUCCCCGCUCCCAUCCUGGCCCCUCCUCCGAUGCCGUCCACUUCCACGUCCCUCUCGCCCGGCACGGCGCCGGACCACCAGCUGAUCGAGGCAUCGGCGACGACGCGACCAACCCCUACCCGGGCACCAGUAACCGGGACAUGCCUUUAACACGCUGGGAUCCCACUUCGACAGAAAGAUGUAAGCAAAGCAAACGACGCCUCGUUUCGUUCCAUAUCAUGGAGGCGGCCAUUCUUGCCGUGCUGGUGGCCGUCCUGCUCCUCCUCGCCCGAGGCGGAUCGGCGGCGGCGGGGGCCGGCGCAGCCACCGAGUUCGUGUUCACCGCCGGCUUCGCGCGCCAGAACGUGACGACCAGCGGCGCGGCCGUGGUCACGGCCUCCGGCCUCCUGCAGCUCACCAACGAGACGAACGAGGUGUUCGGGCACGGCUUCUACUCGGCGCCGCUGCGCUUCAAGGACGCCUCCACGGGCGCGCCGCUCUCCUUCUCCACCACCUUCGUGUUCGCCAUCGUGCCGCGGUACCCGGACGCGCACGGCCACGGGAUCGCCUUCGCGCUCGCGCCGUCGCCGGCCGUGGCGGGAGCCGUGGCGGGGAAGAACCUCGGCCUGUUCAACACGUCGGAUAACACGGGGCAGGGGAGGAGCGGGAUCGUCGCCGUCGAGCUCGACACGGCGCGGGACGAUGAGUUCAGGGACAUCGACAAGAACCACGUCGGCAUCGACGUCAACAGCUUGGAGUCCGUGAACUCAACGCCGGCGGCGUACGUCGAUGUCGGCACCGGCAGGCUCGUCAACUUCAGCCUGGUCAGCGGAAACCUCCAGCAGGUGUGGGUCGAGUACGACGGCGCGAGCAUGCGCAUGGAGGUGACGGUGUCGCCGGCCGGCAUGCCCAGGCCGGCUGUCCCGCUCGUGUCGUACACCGUCAACCUCUCGUCGGCCGUGGCCGACGACACUUACGUCGGCUUCUCGGGAGCGAACGGUGCGGCCUCAAGCUCUCACUACGUUCUUGGCUGGAGUUUCCGCCUCGGCGGCGGCCGCGCGCCGGACCUCGACCUCUCCAAACUCCCGCCGCUCCCACCGUCAAGAUCCAAGAAGAUGAUGCCGCUGCUACUGAUCCUCACACUGUUCCUAGUUGCCGUCUUGGUACUACUCCUAGUGUCGGGGGCAGUCGUGGUGCUCGUCAGAAGGCGCCGCCGGAUCGCCGAGGAGGAGGAGGACUGGGAGAUCGAGUACGGCCCUCACCGGAUCCGCUACAAGGACCUGCACGCGGCGACCAGGGGCUUCCGCGACAUCAUCGGCGCCGGCGGCUUCGGCACCGUGUACCACGGCGUGCUCCGGCGGUCGGGCGCCGAGGUCGCCGUCAAGAAGGUGGCCCACGACUCGCGGCAGGGGCUGCGCGAGUUCGUCUCGGAGAUCGCGAGCAUGAGCCGGCUGCGCCACCGCAACCUGGUGCAGCUCCUCGGCUACUGCCGGCGACGGGGCGAGCUGAUGCUCGUCUACGACUACAUGGUCAACGGCAGCCUCGACAAGCACCUGUUCGACGCCGGCAAGCCGGCGGCGCUGAGCUGGGAACGGCGCGCCAAGAUCGUCCGCGACGUCGCCGCCGGGCUGCUGUACCUGCACGAGGGGUGGGAGCAGGUGGUGGUGCACCGCGACAUCAAGUCCGCCAACGUGCUCCUCGACGCCGACAUGAACGGCAGGCUCAGCGACUUCGGCCUGGCGCGGCUGUACGACCACGGCAGCAACCCGCAGACGACGCACGUCAUCGGGACGCUCGGGUACCUCGCGCCGGAGAUGAGCAAGACGGGCAAGGCCACCACGAGCACCGACGUGUUCGCGUUCGGCGCCUUCCUGCUCGAAGUGGCCUGCGGCCGGAGGCCCAUGGAGCGCAACGACGACCUCGACUCGCCGGGGCUCGUCGACCUCGUCCUCGAGCACUGGAAGGCCGGGAGGAUCAUGGACGCCAGGGACCCAAAGAUCGGCGAGGGCGACGAGGCCGAUGUCGAGCUGGUGCUCAAGCUCGGGCUGCUCUGCUCGCACCCGGACCCCCGGUGCCGGCCGAGCAUGAGGCAGGUGGUGCAGAUACUGGAAGGCGCUGCGCCGGUGCCAGAGACGCCGCCGAAGGAUCUAGAAAACAAUAACAGGUUGUUCUAUGGAUACAUCGAGUCGUUCGACGAGUUCGCCACCGUGUUCCCGACGUCCGGGACCACCACCGUCACGACACAGCCGUCUUCUUCGCACUCCAACGACGAGCAGCAGGAGGUGAUCUCCGGCUGAGUGGUGACACCUUCUCUCUUCACCAAAACACCAAAAAGUUCAGUCAUGUGCCUACUUACGGUGGUUGGAACUUGUAAAGGAAAGCAAGUAGUCAUAGAUUUAGAGUCAAAGAGGUGUUUGAUCUUUUUCGAAGUGAACAUAGGAUAUCGUCAGCCAUUUGUAGGGAUGACAAAAACAAUAAAGUUUGAUGUAUCAAGUCCCAACUGCCGAGGCCGGCUAUACCAAUCAGGUUAAUUAUCAUUUUUGGCUGGUGCAUUUCCAGAA